AUGGCAAAGAACUGCCAUAACGAUUACAAAAUGAAGUUCUCUCUGGACGAUGAGUUCCCAGAUCUGUCCCUGCACAAUAACCACAUGGCUAAGGUGCUGACCAAGGACAUCUAUGGCAAGCUGAGAGGCAAGUCCACCCCCAGUGGCUUCACCGUGGAUGAUGUCAUCCAGACUGGAGUGGAUAACCCAGGUCACCCCUUCAUCAUGACUGUGGGUUGUGUCGCUGGUGAUGAGGAGUCCUACGAGGUUUUCAAGGAGCUGCUGGACCCCAUCAUCUCUGACCGUCAUGGUGGAUACAAACCCACCGACAAGCACAAGACUGACCUCAACUUCGAGAACCUGAAGGGCGGUGAUGACUUGGACCCUAACUAUGUGCUGUCCAGCCGCGUGCGUACCGGCCGCAGCAUCAAGGGCUUCACCCUGCCCCCCCACAACAGCCGUGGAGAGCGCAGAGCCAUCGAGAAGCUGUCCAUUGAGGCUCUGGCCAGCCUGGAGGGAGAGUUCAAAGGAAAGUACUACCCCCUGAACGGCAUGUCUGAUGCCGAGCAGGAGCAGCUGAUCAAUGACCACUUCUUGUUCGACAAGCCUGUGUCCCCCCUGCUGACCUGUGCUGGCAUGGCCCGCGACUGGCCCGAUGGCAGAGGCAUCUGGCACAACGACAACAAGACCUUCUUGGUGUGGGUGAAUGAGGAGGAUCACCUGAGGGUCAUCUCCAUGCAGAAAGCCGGCAACAUGAAGGAGGUGUUCAAGCGAUUCUGCGUGGGCCUGCAGAAGAUUGAGGAGAUCUUCAAGAAGCACAACCACGGCUUCAUGUGGAACGAGCAUCUGGGCUACAUCCUGACCUGCCCCUCCAACCUGGGCACUGGCCUGCGCGGUGGAGUGCACGUCAAGCUGCCCAAGCUCAGCACACAUGCAAAGUUUGAGGAGAUCCUGACCAGACUGCGCCUGCAGAAGCGUGGCACAGGUGGUGUGGACACUGCCUCCGUGGGUGGUGUGUUUGACAUCUCCAAUGCUGACCGUCUGGGCUCCUCUGAGGUGGACCAGGUACAGCUGGUGGUGGAUGGAGUGAAGCUUAUGGUGGAGAUGGAGAAGAAGCUGGAGAAGGGAGAGGCCAUUGAUGGCAUGAUCCCCGCUCAGAAGUAA